AUGACAAAAGCAAUGCAAAUGGAAAUAGAUCAUUUAAGAUCAUCUCUUCAAUGCAAAACAGGAGUAGAGGAAACAUUAAUUGAAAAAGAAAAGGAGAUAGAACAGCUACAAGAAAAGAUAUCAUUAAUAAAUAUUCAACAACUGAAAGAAACUUCAAUUACUCUUAGAAAGGAUCAGUCUACACAAUAUAUAGAUCAUCAAAAGGGACCAGUUUAUGUAGCUAUUAGAGACUGGGAGGCAAAAAACAUUACUCAGCUUUCAAUCAAAAAAGGAGAGAAACUUGGAAUCAAGAAAGAGCGUACUGAUGGAUGGUGGCUAGCUAAAUCAUUAGAUACUGAUCAAGAGGGAUAUGUUUAUAUUAGUGACAUUGAAAAAGAUGAAGAGAGUGAACUGUCAACAUUGGAAACACUUGAACUAUUUCAUUAUGCAAUGACAGAAAAUGUUGACAUACCUAAAAUCAAGGAACUUAAGAUGAGGAGCAAUGUUGAGAGAGCACGUCUCUUUUGGUCAUUAAUUAAACAAGAUUCAGUUCUGCUAGAUCAACUUAGAAGGAAAGAACGUGGUAAGAUGUACUAA